GUUACAUUACUAGUCGUGUGGACGGAUCGCGGGGUUAGCUAGCCAUUCCAGCAAAUGUGCUUGACAGGACAGAUCAUUAGAGUAUGGGUUUAAUGGUACGAUCUACCUAGAGUGAAUUCACUCGUUUGUGGGGUAGUAAACAACACAGAGACGCGAAUUGAAUGACCGUUGACGUUGUAUACGUAGGGAUAUAGCCGCGAUGUUGGGCAAAGCCAACUUACCUUACUCACAGACAUCUGUCUUUCAAAAUUGCAAUGGCAGCAAGGGACAUCAGCGAUUUCAAGAUAAAUAUCCGAGCGACUAUUCUGUUGCGUACGAAGGGAGGAUUUUGAUCGCAAAUUAUGUGAACGCCGUUCUGGACCGCUGUUAAGUUUGAAGGUGAGAGGGCUGGGCACUUGGGAAGGGACAACAUUGCUUCAACCCAACAAGGAUUUUUUCCCAACCUCUGCUUUCCCCCCUUCCCCUUCCCCUCCAUUCCACUUCCUUCUUCCUACCUGACAUCUGUACAGUUCUCCAGUACCUGCCUAUACCUGCGAGUGAGAACAUCCUGUCCCACUCAAGCCCCCCUUGUUCCCUAAAUCACCAAUGGAUCAGAGGACACAGGGGGGGCCCUCUACGCCGCCCCCGCUCCCUGCUAACGCCCCUCCAGCAGAAAGCGAGAAAGAGGGAGUAGGAGGAAAGAAGGACGAUGAAGAGGAAAAGAAAAAGCGAGAGAAACCAAGAGAUGGGGCACAAAGUGAAACUUGUGGUGCUGAAAGUGGGACUAGUGACCAGCAGCAGCAACCCACACAGUUCUCGGUCAAAGAAACCAGUUACUCUGAGGGCAAUGUCAAGCUCAAGAUAGGCCUACAGGCCAAGCGCAUGAAGAAGCCUCCUAAGAUACUGGAGAACUAUGUGUGUCGUCCAGCCUUCCGAGCCACUGUAAGGCAUAGUGGAGGACGAGGCGGAGGCCGUGUUAAUCGUGGGGCUGGAGCCAAUGAUGGGAGCAGCCACACUUCUAGCCCAAGUCGUGGAAAAGAAGGAGAGAAAAGCCCCUCUGUCAGCCGAGGAGCACCUCUAUCAUCUAGCGCUCUUGCUGCUGCAUCUCCCUCACCUUCUCUUCCCACCAGCCCAGUCACUCCUGUGAAUGGAAGUGCUCCAGCAAAAAGGGCUCCUCCAAAACUUGCCUGUAAGUCUGAGGGAAAGGCUGAUGCAAAAUCUGUUGCUUCUUCAGAGAGACCCCUUAAUCUUCAUCGCCCCACGACAGAAAGCAAAUCACCCUCCUCUGGAAAGAAAAACCAUGUUCCACAAACCAGCUCUGCUCCUGCCCCAUCGCCACCGACAAUGCCCCCAGCUGCCACAUCGCAACAGGACCCCAAAACAGAUGGUAUCUUAACUCCUCAGUACAAUUUUCCUGAGGGGCAGAAAGAACAAGAAAGGGGAAUUUCUGCCUGGGGUACUCCUACAGUAACUGAGAAGCUUGCUCAGCUCAUAGCUACAUGCCCGCCUUCAAAGUGCCCUAAGCCAAAAGCCCGGAAGGUGUCACCAGCUCCAGCGCACAGUAGCUCGCCUCCCUUAAUUUCUAAUCUGCAGCGCCCCGAACGGGCUAUGGCCAAUAGGAACACCUAUUCCAGGGCGGUGCACCUUGCCCCACCACCACCGGUUUCACGGCCCCCAGGUCGCCCUUAUGGGUCCAAAAAUAAGGACAGUAUCCUGGAGAAAUUUUCUGGCACCUCCAGAAAAGACGAAUCAGAUGGACUUUCAAAAGGGGCCACCAGUAGCAACAGCAGCACAACCACCACCACCACUAGUACUGCACUGUCUCAAAACAGUAGUCGCUUGACAACGACAUCCACAAGUAAUAGCACUGACAACAGUACCACCAAUGGAAUGAAAUCUCAGUCUCGUCUUGGGCAUUGCCCAUCUCAUUCUUCCUUCACGGCUUCUCUUUCAUCACCACCAUCUUCCUCUUCUUCAUCCUCCUCCUUAGAAAGAAUAGAAAGUACAGGCUGUCACAUGGGUUUGCCAGGCUCACUAGCCUCACAGCCUAGAGCAAGCCCCUCCCAAAUAGAGGAGUUUACUGAGAAAGACAAAGAGCGUUACCGAGACAAAGACAUGGACAGUCCCAGAGAUUUAAGUAAGGGCUCCACACUAGCAAUGCCAGGGAAGCAAGAUGCUAAAGAAAGGUGUUCUUUGUCAGCUCCUCGAAGAGAGCGGGGUAAGAGCUCAAGCCCAGUCAAACGUAGUCCCAAUCAGGAAAGUUGUGUUAGUGGGGUACCAAGUCCUGCUGAGUCCACCAAAUGCACUAUUUCACCUUCAUACCCUUCUGGUGCCAGCAGGAGCCCACCACCACUGUGCGACGACACUGGGGCUCUAUCUCCUGCAUCACCAACUGAGCAGGAUUCAAAGCCUUUUAAGAAGCGGCGAGGACGACGGCCUCGCUGGACGAAGGCAGUGAGUCGCACCAACAAGACUUUACACGAGGCUGCUUCUAACCAUCAGAAACCAAUGCCAUCAGGGCUUUCCUCUUCAUCCCCUACUCGGCAACCUGUGGAACGGACUCCCACUGGUAAUCGCAUGUCCCCUGUUGAUUCAGAAUUUUUUGAUUCUUCACCCAAGAAGAGGGGACGGCCCAAGUCCAAAAUGCCUCGGUUAGAUGCACCAGCACGUGGCCGCACCCCAAACAAACUGGUACCCUCAAAAGUCUACUCCAGUCUGCUCAAAUCUAAAGAAGAGCAGGAUCCCCCUGUUUUGCACCCUGAAGUGGACUUUAAUCCACCUAAACCCAUGCAAAGAAAGCGAGGGCGACCCAAGCGCUCACCACCAAACCUUCCACAAGAAACCCAGCCCCCAACACUUGCUCCUGAGUCAGGGGAUACUUCAGUAGGUGAAAAACCUUUUCGUAAUAAGGGCAACGGGCAGCUCAUUAUGAAGACGAUUAUAGGCAAAAUUAAUAAAAUGAAGACAGUAAAACGGAAGAGGCUCCUGAGCCAGAUACUGUUAGGGCCGAAACCAGGGACUGAGCAGGAAAGCUCCAGAAGCAGCGGAGCGCCAGGGGCUGGGGCUGCUACAAAACCACAGUCUUUAUCAUCACUUGCUGCUACAUUUGGGGGCAAAUUAGGACCCCAGAUCAACGUUAGCAAAAAGGGGACAAUAUAUAUGGGUAAAAGGAGGGGUCGUAAGCCAAAAACAUCAGCUAAUCCCUCCCCAGGUGCCCCCACGCCCCCUCCUGAACCUUUCUUAUCACCAAACACUUCAUCCCCACACCAUCAUCACCAGUCACAGGCCUUGCAAAAUCAGCAACACCAGUUGCCUCCGUCUGAGGUGUUCCCUUCCCCAUCACUCUCGCAGUCAAGUGGGGGCCAGAGUCCCAUUAGUGAUGCUAGUUUUGUUGAGCCUGGCUCAGUGCAUUUCUCAUCCCACCCACACUGCAGCCAUUCCCAUCAGGGCCACCACUCAUUCUCCUUUCCCCCACCUACUUUUUCAGCCCCCUCUGCUCGCACUGUAGCAAGCUCCUCAUCAUUCACAACAAACCCAUCUCAAAAGAAAUCUUCUUGCCGGGGUUACCACCACCACUACCGGCAGCACUACCAUUAUCGAAAGUUUUCUCCUCCAAGGCCACUAUUGCCCACGUCUCCUGCUCCUCUUAGUGAGCUGAAGGAGGCCACACCUUCCCCAGUCAGUGAAUCACACAGCGAAGAGACAGUACCCAGUGACAGUGGCAUUGGGACAGACAACAACAGCACCUCAGACCGUGGGGAAAAGGCUGGUAGUGCAAGUGGCUUAGCUGGUCUAGGGGUCUCGCAGGGUAUGGCAAGUGGACUCUUAAUGCCUGGUGUCAUAGGCCCAGCCAUGGGAGCUGGAAUGGGGCUUUCUUCGAGAGGUAGAAGGAGGCACUCAUCUUCAGUUCACUUGGAAUGUCCCUCACCCACACCCUCCCCACUUGGAGCGAGGGCAUCACCUGAUACAAGAAGACCGCACCCAGCUGCCCCAUCUCCUGCUUUGGUUGGACAUAAAGAGAAGCACAAGCAUAAGUGCAAACGACGUGGACAUGGCUGCCCUAGCUAUGACAAACUAAAAAGGCAAAAGCGCAAACGCAAGAAGAAGUAUCUGCAGCUGAGGUCACGUCGGCAAGACCCAGACUUUUUGGCUGAUUUGGAUGAGAUCUGUGUGCAGCUCAGUGAAAUACGAAUUGGUCAUCGCACACCUACACUUCGUUUAGGUAGCAGUUUGGGUCUGGGUGCUGGGGCAGCAGGCCCGGGCCGUGGGUCUGCCUUGGGAAGGGCCAGAGCCAGCAGCAGCCUUGGAGGUGGAACCAAUCCACCACCACAUCACUAUCUACAUAGAGACCUCUUGCCCACAAUCUUCAGGAUCAAUUUUAGUGGAUAUUAUUCACCCCACCCAGCCUACCCAUGUGAUUCACUUCAUUAUGUCCGUAAGCCAGAUCUUAAAAAGAAAAGAGGGCGACCACCUAAGCUCAGAGAAUCUAUAUCAGAAGUACCUUUUGUACCUGGGCUAGGUUUUCCCCUCUCCAGCGGAGGUUUCUAUCACCCUUCUUAUGGUGUACCAUACUCUUCUGCCCCAUUGGGACUUGGCUACUAUCGUGGUUAUACCCCAGCAAGUGCCCUGUACCCCCACCCCCAUCACCAGGCUCCCCACUCUGGCCCAUCCCACCACGUUCAUUCCCCUUCUUUUCCUCCACCUCCGCCCCCUUCUUAUGUCCAUCAUCAUCACCCCUCUCACUUGCUUCUUAACCCCUCAAAAUUUCACAAGAAGAAACAUAAGCUGCUUAGGCAGGAGUAUCUAGGUGGUGGUCGUUCAUCAGUACUCUAUCCUGCAAUGUCAUCCGAGCUGUCAUUUGGCUGGCACCACAAACACAAGCAUAGGCACAAGCACCGUGAUCGCUGUGGGGAAGAGGAGGGUGAUGAUGUUGGUGGAGUUGUAGGUAGCAUUGGAGGCAGAAGUGGAGGAGGUGAGGGGUUGGGGGUCGGAAGAGGUGAGAGAGGGAGUGUAGAGUCCCUGCAGCGUUGCAGGUUCAGCCAAGAUGGCUCUGCUGACUCCAGUGCUAACAAACAGACAGCUUCUGCCAACUCCCCUUCCUCUUCCUCCUCAUCUUCUGCAGAACGGUACAAGCGAAAAGAAGCUUCUAUGUCUUGUCUUGGGCCUUCGCGACUGUCUUUGGGCAGUGUGAGCCGGGGGCAUCAUCCUGUUGACUCCUGGUUCAGGAUGGGAAGUUCUGAAACGGAUUACUCCAAACUCUCUAGAAACCAGUCCCUUUCUGGGUCUGGUGCAUUCUCUGAAGGACAUGUGCAAAAUACAGUCGAGUGCUCAGAGAGUGAUGAAGAAGAUGCUGCCUCCCCUAUUGAGGAGGCAGAGACCAGCCACCACACCAACUUGUUCACAUCUGCACUAUCUCGAACCUCCCUCAAAGGGAGUCGCAGCAAAAAAGGUGGAACAUCAGAGAGCCCUAGUCUUUCACGGUUGGAUCGGACAGUGAGAAGGGAUCGUUCCACAUCUGCAGAAAGAAGAGAGAUGGGAAAUGUGUCUGGCACACAGAACCGAGUUGGCCAAUCCAUUGUUCCUGAGGUUUCUGAGGGUCCCCAUCAUCGGCACCACCAUCACCACCACCCUCCCCUAUCCCUCUCACACUCUGCCUCUUGUCUUUCUCACUGCACUCUCGACCAGCCUGGAAGCGUCACAGCUCUCCGACCCUCUAGCCGCCAGGCUAGUCCCUCCACGUGCUCCUCCCAGCCUGUAUGCUGUCGUGACUCCCCCCCUUCGCAUCACUCCCAUCGGCCCCCUCCCAAAAACAACCUGCAUCAUGUCAACAAGAUCCUUCGUGCAAAGAAGCUCCAGAGGCAAGCACGCACAGGAAACAACAUGGUGAAAAAACGAGGUCCAGGCCGUCCCCGCAAGCACCCGCUGCCCUCGCCUCCCCCGUCGCCCCCACCACAAACAUCUGAACAAGAGAACCACCCUUUACCUGAAAGGCACAGAGGAAGUGUGCUUUGGGAGGGAGACACCGUGGUUGACGUCAUUGAGUCUGUAAUACAGAGUCAGCGCAGAAAGGGACGCAAGAGAAAACGCUGGGAAAGGGAGACAGAAGGAGGUGACGAGGAAGAAGAGGAACCGGCAGAGGAAAGAGAGGGGGAGGAAGAAGAAGAAGAACGACCAGCUGCUAGAGAGGAAGAUGUGAUGGCAAGAGCUAGAACAGAAGGAGGGAGGGGAUGGUUGACGCAGGAGGAAAUGCAUUGUUUUCGCAGCGCUCUGGAGGGAAAACCUGAUGGCCAAUCCUCCCCAGAGCGCACAGGCCCUACUUCCGUGGAACAAGCCCCAAACCCAUCAGUGACCAGUCAGCGGGAGAAGAGAGUUGCUAGACCACCCAAAAAGAAGUUUCAAAAGGCUGGGCUUUACUCUGAUGUGUACAAGACUGACGAUCCUCGCAGUCAGCUGCUACAACUAAAGAAGGAGAAGUUAGAAUACACUCCAGGUGAACAUGAGUAUGGCCUUUUUCCUGCCCCCAUUCAUGUUGGGAAAUACUUGAGACAGAAACGCAUUGAUUUCCAGCUGCCUUAUGACAUCCUGUGGCUUUGGAAACAUGAUCAGCUCUACAAGAGACCUGAUGUGCCUCUCUACAAGAAGAUCAGAUCCAAUGUCUAUGUGGAUGUGAAGCCUCUUUCUGGCUACGAAGCCACUACCUGUAACUGCAGGCUGCCUGAAGAGCACAGUGAGAAGGGCUGUCAGGAUGACUGUCUAAACAGGAUGAUCUUUGCUGAGUGUUCUCCAAGUACAUGUCCUUGUGAUGAUCAAUGUGAUAACCAGCGUAUCCAGAGGCAUGAGUGGGUGCAGUGCCUCGAGCGCUUCCGGGCUGAAGGGAAGGGCUGGGGGAUUCGAACCAAACAGCCCCUACGUUCCGGCCAAUUCAUCAUCGAGUACUUGGGAGAGGUGGUCAGCGAACAGGAAUUCAGGAGUCGCAUGAUGGAGCAGUACUUCUCCCACAGUGGCCACUACUGUCUGAACCUGGACAGCGGCAUGGUCAUCGACAGCUACCGCAUGGGCAACGAGGCUCGCUUUGUCAACCACAGCUGUGAGCCCAACUGUGAGAUGCAGAAAUGGUCGGUGAAUGGAGUGUACCGUAUUGGUCUGUUUGCUUUGAAAGACGUCAACAGCGGAACAGAGCUGACAUAUGACUACAACUUCCACUCCUUCAACACAGAAGAACAGCAAGUCUGCAAGUGUGGCUCAGAGGGUUGCCGUGGCAUCAUUGGCGGCAAGAGCCAGCGAAUCAAUGGGCUGCCUGGGAAAGGGGGCGGAUCAGGGGGCGGAGCCCGGAGGCUGGGGAGACUGAAAGAGAAACGCAAGUCCAAACACUCACUGAAGAAACGGGAGGAAGAGUCCAGUGACAGCAGCAAGUUUUACCAGCACCUUUUAAUGAAGCCUAUGUCAAACAGAGAGAGGAACUUUGUGCUGAAACAUCGAGUGUUCCUGCUGCGGAAUUGGGAGAAGAUGCGGGAGAAACAGGAACUUCUGAAGCGAGAAGGAGAGCGAGAGAGGGAGAACAGUGGUCUGUCUCUUUACACACGCUGGGGAGGAGUCAUCCGCGAUGAUGGCAACAUCAAGUCAGAUGUAUUUCUGACUCAGUUCUCAGCGCUGCAGACAUCACGCUCUGUGCGCACACGCAGACUUGCGGCAGCCGAGGAGAACACGGAAGUUACACGCACUGCACGCCUGGCACACAUCUUCAAGGAGAUAUGUGACAUGAUCACAAGCUACAAGGAUUCAACUGGUCAGACUCUUGCUGCUCCGCUGCUUAACCUACCUUCUAGGAAGAGGAACAUACAGUACUAUGAGAAGGUCACCGAUCCGCUAGAUCUCAGUACCAUAGAGAAGCAGAUCCUCACUGGGCACUACAAAACCGUCGAGGCAUUUGAUUCGGACAUGCUGAAAGUGUUUCGUAAUGCUGAGAAAUAUUAUGGCCGUAAGUCUGCUGUGGGUCGUGACGUGUGCCGGCUGAGAAAGGCGUACUACGGUGCGCGUCAUGAGGCUGCGGUUCAGAUUGAUGAGAUUGUGGGCGAGACUGCCAGUGAGGCCGACAGCUCUGAUUCGCUGGAGAGAGACCACGCCCACCAUCACCAUGAUGGAGGGGGCAGCCAUGACAAAGACGAUGAUGUGAUCCGCUGCAUCUGUGGCAUGUACAAGGAUGAGGGGCUCAUGAUCCAGUGUGAGAAGUGCAUGGUGUGGCAGCACUGUGAUUGUAUGCGAUUGGAGGCCGAUGUGGAGCAUUAUCUCUGUGAGCAGUGUGACCCUCGUCCAGUGGACAGGGAGGUCCCAAUGGUGCCCCAACCCAGUUAUGCCCAGUCAGGAUCCAUCUAUUAUAUAUGCCUGCUUCGUGAUGACUUACUAUUGCAUCAGGGUGACUGUGUGUACCUCAUGAGAGACAGCAGACGCACUACAGAAGGCCAGCCGGUGCGUCAGUCAUACCGUCUCCUGUCUCAUAUCAACAGAGACAAACUGGACAUCUUCCGUAUUGAGAAACUCUGGAAAAACGAAAAAGGUGAGAGGUUUGCCUUUGGUCAUCACUACUUCCGUCCCCAUGAGACGCACCACUCUCCUUCCCGCCGCUUCUAUCAUAACGAGUUGUUCCGAGUGCCUCUGUAUGAGAUCAUACCGCUGGAGGCGGUGGUGGGAACAUGCUGUGUGUUGGACCUGUAUACUUACUGCAAGGGUCGUCCGAAAGGGGUAAAGGAACAGGACGUUUACAUCUGUGACUACCGGCUGGAUAAAUCAGCACACCUGUUCUACAAGAUCCACCGCAACCGGUACCCAGUGUGCACCAAGCCCUAUGCGUUCAACCACUUCCCCAAAAGACUGACACCGAAGAAGGACUUCUCACCUCACUAUGUGCCGGAUAACUACAAGAGGAACGGCGGCCGCUCUGCCUGGAAGAGCGAGCGGCCCAAAGGUGCAUCAGCCUGUGAUGAAGAGCCCUCCCCCAGCGUGUCAUGUGACCGGCUGUCUGCUGGCUUCUCCAGAGAUGGGGACGAGGACGGAGGGAGAGGAGCGGAGGGAGAGAUGGAGACCCCUCAGGAGGACUCCAGCGCCCCUGUUCCCCAGCUAUCCACGUCACAGGAAAGGAGGACAGGUGGGGAGGAGGAAGACAUAGAGGAAGAAGAGGAGGGUGAAGAGAGGAGAGAGACGGACGAGGGCUCCCGAGAGAGAGGGGGAGGAGGAGGGCGGGACGCAUUGGAUGCCCCUUGCUCUUCCUCACUCUCCUCUUCACCUCUUCAUCCAUCCAUCCUGGGAAGAAGGGAAGCACAGAGAGUGAGACUGAACAAGAUUCUGCUCGACCUGCUGCACCGGGUGCCCAGCAAGAAUGCGAUAGAUGUGACGUAUCUUCUGGAGGAAGGCUCUGGUCGCCGCCUCCGCAGACGGACACUUGGACUGAGUGAAUUUAUUUGCAGGAAGUAAUGCUGACUACACUCUCUGCCGAGCAAGCUUGCAGAGCAGCAAGAGAAUAAUGAAUAUGGAGGAGCAGAGGUGGACUACUCCUGAAAACGAGGGGGUCAACAGAGGUGAAAGGCGACAAGUUCAGAUUUAGAAAAACAAGCUUUGUAACAAGAGAGACCGGCCCGAGUUUCGUGCACUGAGGACAUAGCCGUCAAGCUUGAUGCAUUUAAAAAGAACAAGUGUCAGACAUAGGAAAGUUUGCUUUGAAAUUCUAACAGAAUUGUUGCAGAUGAACUACUUCACUGGUCAAAUGUCUCCUAUGACUAUGUGGUACUAUAUUUGGCCUUUAUUUCGGGUGCAAAUGGAAACAUGUGAGUCUCGCGCCACCUUGUGGUCGACAAUGGGAAUGACUUGAGUGCAACCAAGAAAGAAAAAUAAAUAAGAGCAUCAUAGGAGGUGCAGUGUAGCGCACACACACUGCCCGUAGACUGAGAAAAAGAGAGAAAGGAGAUAGCUAACUGCACUUUUAACAACAAGGACAUCAUUCGCUCCCGGAGAUGUACGGAUAAGACACACUAACACUCACGCAGUAUUGAUCAAUGCUGUAUGAUAAAGCAAAACAUAAGUAUGUUACCUUCUUUUUCUGUUUGUUUUUUAUUUGUUAUACUGUAAUUACAUUAGGAAUUGAGCACGAUGGGGGUAUCCAUAUUUGUGAGCUCGGGACUUCGGGACUGGGCUUGAAUGUUUCGCUCCUGUUAUCGUGGGCAUUGCGAUUGGUUAGAAUGGCUGCCAGCCCCGCCCCCUUUUUUUUUAAAGUAUUUAAUUCACCAGCUCAACAUAAAUACAAAAAAAACAAACAAACAAACAAAAUCUAGCAGUGGAGGCACGCUGGCUUUAUAUAACGCCUUAGAAUGCCGUUAUCUUGAGUGUUUUUUUUGUUUAUGGUAGUGUGUGAGAUUCUUUACGGUGUUUGUGAGCGUGUGUGCGAGCCCAUUCUAAUAAUAUAAAUACGAAAGAGGAAACAACGAAGGGCUUGACAGCAGUUAAUAAACGGUUAAAUUCAUGAAUUCACAAGAACUUAUUGUAUCAUGUAAUGUCAUAUUUUUUGUGAGUGGCUUGUAGGGCGGGUGGGAUGGGGGCGGGGUCAGGUUUUAGUGUUGUUGUUUUCUUUUUCUUUUAUUGUUUUUAAUGGCCUUUCAGGUUGUCAUGGAGAAUGUUUAUGAACAGAAUCAUGAUGAGAUUUUUGCCCUUAAUGCAUCAGCUAUGACAGAUAAGUAUUUCAAACCCCUUAGAUGGACCGACAAGGAAAAAAACAAAACAAUGAAAACUGACAAACGAAAGGGAAGAAAGUUGUAUAGUGCCAAGCUAUGUAUAUAAACAGACAGGAAAAUGUGAGAAAUGUCUCCAAAAGCAAUAUCUUGAUAAUGGAUUUUGUGUAUUGAAUUGUACAGGAUUCAGCCCUAUAUGUAUUAUUAUUAUUAUUAUUAUUAUUAUUAUUAAGAUUCUUCUUAUUAUUAUGCGAUUUGUAUCGACAGAACUGUCACAUGUAACUUUUCGAGAAGCGGACGAGAAAGCGGCAGACAUUAUGAUUAAUAAUCGCUACAAAUUUCCGGCAUAAGCGGCGAACCGUCUGAAACUUUGUAACCAAAACCAUGAAUUGAGCUCAUUGCGAGAGGGAGGAUGGACUUUGUGGAAGGGGAUGUCGCAGUGACCCCUCACCUGGCACCCGUCACUGUAAUAAUUAAUAUUAACAUUAUUCUAAUUAUUAUUAUUAUUACUUUUUGAGGAGAAAAAGAUAUAAUGUUCCUCGUUUUUUGCUGCAAAGUGUUGAACACUAAAAAAACAAACCAACAUAAAAAUGUAAAAUGAUAUUUUGGCAGAAAAAAUAAGCUGUCAACCCAAUAUCAUGUUCUUAAUCUCCUUUUUAAUUUGUAAUUUUUUUUAUUUUUUGUUCUUCAAAUGAGAAAAGAUUGUUCUGUUUUUUGUGAUGGCGGUCAUAAAUAUAAUGCUUUUAUUUCUUGUAUUUGUGUGUUUUUGUGUGAUUUGUUUAGUUAUUUUUUUAGACAAUCACAAAAUAAGAUGCAAGCAUUGUAUAUGGACAGACUGGCAGGCAUUUUGUGAUGUUGUGUACAGUUUGUCGAAACUUCUUCCACUCUGGUUCAAAGUUUGUAAUUAUAAAGUCAUGAAAAAUGCUGUUGGUUUUUACUUUUUUUGUUUUAUAUUCUAUUCGUUUUGUUUGUUUUUUUAAUAAAAAGCACUACAUUAUUGUGAAUAUACUUGCCUGUUGCUCAUACAUUUAGCAGAGAAUCUGUGAUACAGUUCUUUAUUAGGUCAUAACCAUUAUUAUUCCAGGUAUACAGACAAAUCGUAUUUUAACUGUAUGGACAGUCAUUACAUCUUCAAAUAAAGUGAAUUUUAACUA